UGGGACGUCAACAGUCAGAAAGGUAAUGCCACAAGAGCCCUCUGAAGAUAACUGGAGUUCAAGUGGCUUGGGGACUACUGAAAGAACAAUUCCUACCUAUAGGGCAAUCAAAGCCAGUGACAAUUCUGCAAAAACUUCCAGUGAUUUUUGGGAAAUGCACAGCGAGAGGGAGGUUGAAGACCACAGCCCACAUCUGAGGUUAUCAUCCAGUCCUGUGACCUUUGAGAAGCUGAUGAACAUGAUGCACAUCAACUUGGAAGCCAUCAACACCUCAGACCCAGUCUCUCGAGCAGGGCCCAGCACGGAGUACCCAAAACAAAGCAGAAGAUCAUCUAAUACUCCAGCAAGCAAACCUCUUCCACAGCCAGCAACCUCUUCAGUCAAAAAGACUGACGCAGGGCCAUCUGGUUUUCAAGGGACGUCAACAGUCAGAAAGGCAAUGCUGCAAGAGCCCUCUGAUGAUACCUGGAGUUCAAGCGACUUAGGGACUACUGAAAGAUCAUUUUCUACCUAUAGGGCAAUCAAAGACCACAGCCCACAUCUGAGGUCAUCAUCCAGUCCUGUGACCUUUGAGAAGCUGAUGAACAUGAUGCACAUCUAUUUUGAAGCCAUCAACACCUCAGACCCAGUCUCUCGAGCAGGGCCCAGCACGGUCAGUCCACCAGGAGCAAAGAGCUGCAGGGCCAAUUCACCAAACAUGCAGAGCUUCAAUGCAACUGCAAAAAGAUCAGACAGAACCACCUCACAGUGUGGGUCAGACAGCACCUCCUCACAGUGUGGGUCAGACAGCACCUCCUCACACUGUGGGUCAGACAGCACCGCCUCACAGUGUGGGUCAGACAGCACCGCCUCACAGUGUGGGUCUGCUCAUUCCUCACCCAAUAGCCCUGUUAUUAACUGGCCUGUCUUAGAUUCAGGACGGCACUGCGAGCAUGUUGCACGCUGCACUUGGGGUGAGAGUGAUGAGGAAUCCGAAAAUUCAUUGCUAUUGCCGUGACCCUGAUGUUUUAUAAGAUAGUGAAAUUGCUUUUAUUAGCUAUUAAGAGAGAGUAAUAAAAGAUCAUAAACAUAAGUCUGUAUCUUUCUUCUGACAGCCAUUUGGGUCCAGAUCCAUAUUUUGUAGUAUUUGGAUAUGGAUAAUUAAAAACCCAUCACCGCUUUCAUUAAAAAAGCCAAACUUUCAAAAUAGGGGGCCAAGUUAGACCCAGUUGUUUCACUUGCAAAUGCAGUGUGGUCCAGUGGUUGAAGUUGAGGGCUUGUAACCUCAAAAUCACCAGUUCAAAUCCC